AUUGAUAGCUGUAAUGUUAAUGAUCUAUUGUCCGUCUGCCUGCAGGUGGGAUACUCUUCUCCAGUUGAGUACCAAAUCAUUGAAGAACUGGGUCUCUCAGUUCAAGAGUACUCGUUUUUUGGGUCAAUGAUGAUUGUGGGAGGGCUGGUGGGUUCUAUAGUAGGUGGAAAGAUUACAGAACUCAUUGGAAGGAAACGUAUGAUGUUGGGUCUGGGUGGACUGUUCAUAGUUGGAUGGCUGACUAUUGCAACUGCAGAGGGUGCUUUGCAACUUGACUUUGGAAGGCUGUUGCUUGGGAUUGGAUCUUCCAUCACUCUUUAUCUGGCACCUGUUUAUGUGGCAGAGAUCACACCCAAGAACCUACGGGGAGCAGCUGUGUCAGUCACCCAGUUGACAAUGGUUUGCAGCAUUUCAUUCACAUUCCUUGUGGGUUCAUUCAUCAACUGGCGUGCCUUGGCUCUAAUAGGAACAAUUCCAGGCCUAGUGCAGCUGGUUCUUACAUUCUUCAUUCCUGAGUCUCCAAGGUGGCUGGCUAAAACUGGCAGGGAAAAGGAGUUUGAAGCUGCUCUGCUGCAGCUUAGAGGAGGAAAUGCUGAUAUUUCUUGGGAAGUUGAUGAAAUCAAGGAGUACACCAAAAUCAUCCAUAGUAUAUCCAAGGACAGCAGCAUCUUUGAUCUGUUCCAGAAACAGUAUGCAAUUCCUUUAAUAGUUGGAAAUGGGUUAAUGGUGCUGCAGCAAUUCUCAGGAUUGAACUCAUACACAUUGUAUACUGGCGCUAUCUUUGUUUCUGCAGGAAUCCCAAAUACUGCUGGGUUCUUGACAGUGGCAUCUUUCCAGCUUGUGGGAACAGUGUUGACUGCUGCAUUGAUGGAUAGGUAUGGGAGAAGACCCCUUUUACAGGCUGCAGUUAUUGGAACAUGCUUUGGGAGCCUGCUUACUGCACUGUCAUUCAUCCUACAGGGCUUUGAGGGAUGGAGUAAAGUGACUCCAACUCUGGCGCUCCUUAGUGUACUGAUAUAUUCAGGGUCUAUGUCGGUUGGGAAUGGAAUCCCAUGGAUAAUAGUGGCAGAGGUAGUAACUUGAUGCAUUUCCAAAGCCAUGGAUUUUUUUUUCUUCUCUCUGUCCAGGAAAACCUGAUGAACUUACAUUGUUUGAAUGAUCAGAUAUUUCCUCUGAACAUCAAAGGGUCAGCAGGGACAAUGUGCUGUCUAUCCUACAAUGUAUCUUCACUCAUGGUCUCAUUCUCUUUCCAGUCUCUGCUCCAAUGGAGCCCUCCAGGUACUUUCUUGCUAUAUGCAAGUGCAAGUGUCGUGGCAAUAGGGUUUGUUGCCAAGUUGGUUCCUGAGACUAGAGGGAGAACCCUUGAAGAAAUCCAAUCCUCUUUUACCCAGAAGUGAAUAAAAACCAACACCCAAACUACCUGUGGAAAGAAAAGAACAAGAAAAGAAAAACAACAAACACUAUAUAGCAGCUUUCACUAAAGGUGGCAAAUUACAUGGGAUCCUUGUAUAAUACAAACGAUGUAAAAGCGUAUUGCUUACUUAUCACAGUGUACCAGAGUUACCUGAAUUUACUAGUCGUUUGUUUUCAGAGAUAGAAGAGAAGAGUACACCAGAUGUUCCCGAAGGGAAGAGUAUACGCCAGCGGUUAAUUUUACGACAUUUAAUUCGAUGCCGCAUGAUAAAAGACGGUGUCGUUUAGUGACAAACAACAUCGCAGAGAGGUUUAACGAAACCGCGGAGCUCAAGGA